AUGACGUUGACAAAUAACAUUCUUAGCACAGGACAACAGGUAUGGCUUCAAAAAAUGGGGGGUGCAAAAAAUCCAGCAAGUAUAUUCAGUGAUAAUAUCAUUAAGGAGGAGCAAUCCCAAAUUCAGAAGUCCUCUUUUGAAACAAGUGCUAGUGCUACCAAAACAGAAACGACAGAGGAGAAGUUGACCUCAGAGGGACUCCGGCCUGGUGAAAGGUUGAUAAAAGAGCAAGAGGCAAGGAGGAGACAACAAAGAGAGGAAGAGAGGAGAAAAGCUGAAGAGGCAGCUUUUAAUGCAGCUCAAAAAAUGCAACUUGAGAAAGAAACCAUUUUGGUUCAGAGGGAAAGCGGGGCUCAAGCUGAGUCAAGUGAUUCCAACAGUGGAAACAGUAAUUCUUUGACUGGGGUUACAAAUUCAUCCAGCAAUGAGAAUCGUGCUGUGGAUGGUGAUUUUUACAAGGAGGAUCAGAAAACUUCCAUUCUUAAAAUGAAAAGCACUGAGCUUCCAGCAAAUAGUAAAGACGUGUCGGGUGAUCAACGUCUCCAUAGGAAUCCAGAGCAG